AUGGGACCAAGACACCGCCCAUUGACUUUCAUGAGAAGAUCCCGUGGAGUAUUGAGUUUGGUGAUCAUGAUAUUAACAGCAUUUUUUAUGAUGGUUUACCUGUCCCCUGUAACUACUUUCCUUGUGCGGUUGUUCAGCGUGCAUUACAGCAGAAAGUCUACAUGCUUCCUGUUUGGGAUGUGGUUAGCCAUGUGGCCUUUUCUGUUUGAGAAGAUUAACAAGACCAGGUUUAUUUUCUCUGGUGAAAGUGUGCUAGCAAAAGAGCGUGUUCUGUUAUUUGCUAACCACAGGACUGAGGUUGACUGGAUGUACUUAUGGGAUUUUGCAUUGAGGAAAGGCCGCUUGCAGUGCAUCAAGUAUAUCCUUAAGAAAAGCUUGAUGAAGUUACCUCUUUUCAACUGGGCAUUUCACAUUAUUGAGUUUAUUCCGGUUGAGAGGAAGUGGGAGAUUGAUGAAGCAAUAAUCCGAAGCAGGCUUUCUGAAUUGAAUAACCCAAAGGAUCCCCUUUGGUUGGCAGUUUUCCCAGAAGGGACUGACUAUACUGAGAAGAAGUGUAUCAAAAGUCAAGAAUAUGCAGCAGAGCAUGGUUUGCCUGUUCUGAAAAACCAUCGCAGACCACCAUUUGUUGCAGCCAUGUUAUCAAUUUUCACACCUUACAAUGGACUCUGCUGA